GGCAGUGUCGGGGCGCGGUGUGACGCCGUGGGCGGGGCUGUGCCGGUGGAGAGGGGGCAGCGAUGGGGGCGCAGCUCAGUACGUUGAGUCGGGUUGUGACGUACCCAAUAUGGCUGAUCUACACCACCAUCCUGAGGCUCUUCAAGAAUCCACGUCCUGCAAUUACUCUGCAGGAUCCUGAAGUGAAGUAUGCAUUGAGACUGAUUGAUAAGGAGGAAGUUAGUCAUGACACUAGAAGAUUUCGAUUUGCUCUCCCUUCCAUCGAUCACGUUCUGGGUCUCCCUGUGGGACAGCAUAUCUACCUGUCUGCACGCAUUGAUGGAGCUCUGGUUGUUAGGCCUUACACUCCAGUUUCCAGUGAUGAUGACAAGGGAUUUGUGGAUCUCAUUGCCAAGAUCUACUUCAGAGGUGUCCAUCCAAAAUUUCCUGAUGGAGGGAAGAUGUCUCAAUACUUAGACAGCUUGAAAAUAGGGGAUACUAUUGACUUCAGAGGACCAAGUGGCCUACUUAUCUACAAAGGAAAAGGCGAAUUUGCUAUUCGGCCUGAAAAGAAAGCUGAACCAGUUACCAAGAAAGUGAAAUAUGUGGGGAUGAUUGCAGGUGGGACUGGGAUAACACCUAUGCUGCAGAUCAUUCGAGCAAUCAUAAAAGACAAAGAUGACCCUACCGUUUGUCAACUGCUCUUUGCUAAUCAGACCGAGAAGGAUAUCCUGCUGCGUUCUGAGCUGGAGGAGAUCCAGGUUCAGAACCCUGGUCGCUUUAAGUGUUGGUACACACUGGACAGAGCACCUGAAAGCUGGGAUUACAGCCAAGGCUUUGUGAACCAAGAGAUGAUCAGAGACCACCUACCCCCACCGCAAAACGACGUGCUGAUCGUCAUGUGCGGGCCUCCUCCAAUGAUCCAGUACGCUUGCAUUCCCAACCUGGACAAACUGGGCUACACCAAGGACAUGAGGUUCUCCUUCUGAAGAAGACUGGUAAUUCAGUGAUGGGGCAUAGAAGACUGAAAAAAAAGGAUUGAAUGGGGAACAGGACAGAGUUACAGAGGUGGCUGAUGCAUAGUGCUGGGAAGCUACAUUUAUGUUAAAAAUGCUUUCUUUUUCUUGAGUUUUGGGCGAGACAAACACUUUAAGUUCAACUCUCCUGAAACUGUGCUGUAUUUUGCACAGAAGCAGCUGUCUUGUGGAAAGGUCAUGAUGCCUGGUGCGCAGCUCUGUUGUGUACAUUCAGUCUCCAGGAGGACGGUACAGCUGCUCAGGGCAGUAAACACUCAUGUACACUUUUGCUUAGCACUGUAAUUAAAUGGCAGCAACAUCCUAGCCCCCAGAACUGUGCAUUCCCAGUAUUUUAUUUGGUAUGAAGUAUGAAAACAUGUAGAAUGUGCUGGAUUAUUCACCUCGCUUAUGCCAAAUUGUAAUCCUUAGAGAGCUUUUACAGUGAGAGGGCCAGGAGUGUUUGCCUCAUAGGCAUCACCUUUGCAAUGUCAGAAGCUUAAGGCUGCUUGUUCAGUUGAAAGGUGAUGAUUAACUGUUUAUGACUGAGGUUGCUCAAGCUGCCUUGUUCAUGUAAACAGACAGGUAGUCAGCAAUACGAAAUCUUUUUCCUUUGUGUUCUGGAAUAGCCUCUCUUCAAUGCAAACACCUUUCCAGCUGGUCAGGGUCCUCAUCCCCGGGCAAUGAAAGGAAUUACAGAAAGCCAGUGGCUUUGUGCACUGUCCCACAAAUAAAUAGCAGGAAGUUUUUUGCUUGUGUGUCUGUGGAAUGCUGAAAAAUUCCUUGACUUUUGUUACAUGCUUUUAAAUAGCAGAUGGUGCCACAGCAGUGCAAACAUGAUGGUUCUGCACGUCCUGUGCAGUGGGAAAAAUGCUGGGGGAAAACUGGAUCUAGUUUUAGUUUCUUGUUUCGUGGAGAUGGAUGUGAAGCAAGGAGAGCUGAGGUGUGAUUGGUACGGUGGGUUUAGGGCAGGCAGCCCUACUUCAGGGAGGGUAAGUGCACGGUUGGAGGAGGCAUCUGCCCAGCUUGCUCAGGCAAAGCUCCCAAGGAGCUUUGCUUGGGAAGGACACACGGGAACAGUCUUAAGUCAGCUGACAGUGAAUUCAAAUGUCUCACUGAAUCUAAACCUGUUACUUAGAUGGUGUUUACUAGAGCUUUUAUUUUUAUGGGUUUCUUUUUAAUAUACUUUUUUUUUUUUUUUCACAGCAGCCUUUCACGUAGCUUUUAGUAAACUUCGGGCAUCUCACCUUCUGCUUCUGAACAGCAGAGAUGCUGCUGAGAUUAGAACUGUCCUGCAAGGAAUCUGGGGGACUAAGAAUCUUGCUCUGGCGAUGAAACCAGAGUGCCUGCAAAGAUGUUUAGUCAGGUGUGAAGUGAUGUGGAUGCCAGUUAGCCACAAGUGUCAGCAUAUAAUACUUUUUUGAAAGACUGGGGGAGGCAUUGGAGGUUAUAGCUUGCCACGUUUUCUUCCAUGCCUGUAUAACAGAUGAGUUCUGUGCACUUAAAAUGUUAAUUUUCAGUGUGAAUUUAAAAGGAAAAAAAAAGAUACUAGAUUCAUUUAAGGAACCUCAAAUGGGUAAUACUGUUACUAAUUUUAUUAAUUAGAUGCUUGCCUCUGAAGUCUUGAAUGUUUGAUGUGUGCUUCUGAAACUUGUUCUUCAAUACUAUGUUCGAAAGGUCAAAUAAUGCUCAAGUUCGGUUUCAGUCCCUUUCAUAGGAGGCAAAACGCAGAAAUAUGAGAAAAAUGGUCUUGCUGCUGUUUUCUGUCACUGUGGGAUAGGCAUAGAUUUUGGGUUUUUUCAUUUUUGUAUUUAAUGAAAUUUUCUGAUAAGAAAAUAACUACCAGGUUGCGUAUCAGCUAUUUUAUAUUACCUACUCUGCUUAUUCGAUUACUGGCUUUUUUUUUUCUGUGUAAAAAAUAAAGUAUCUUGCAGGUGAAUCACCUGUGUGUUACUGAGCAAGUCAUCUUCAGCCUCAUAAGAGACAAACCAUGAUUGUACAACACUCCAUACAGUAAAGGUUCUAAAAAGGAAAGCCUGUUACAUUUGUUUACCCAAGCGCUUAUCUCCUCCAAGUUUGGUGAAAACUGCUGUACUGGGAGGCUGAGUCACUGUCUCUUUUCUCCCUUUCACUCCAGUCUCCUCUUUUUACCAUUAUUUUGUUCAUCCUCCUUGUGACCAUGAGGGUCUUUUAAUAAAUAAAAAGAGGGAUUUUAUAUAAUCUACUGAAACAAAA